AUGCUCGCACGUUACGGAGCUAUGAAGGCCUCGUUUGAGAGGCAUGGCUUCGAGGUGUUGUUUUCGGAUGUGCAGAAAUUGGACAGCUUCUUGGAGACGCACCGCCAAGUGCGAGAUGUCUUCCAGGAUGCUGGCUAUGAGAACUUGCUGGACGACUCGCAUGCGGCUGCCAAUUUUCUCAGAGUUUUCGAUCAAGGCGAAUAUGACCGAGUGGUCAUGGCAAAGCUUCGACAAGUCUUCGAGGAAGCGGGUCAAAGCAACCUGCUUGUUGAGUUCGAGGCAGCCAGUACCACAGACGGUGGCGAAGUCGAGGAUGCAGACUUUGCCGAAGACGACGAAGUAGACGAUGAUGAAGACGAGGCUGAUGAGGACCCUGCCGAAGAUGCGGACGAGGAAGCUGAGGAAGAGGAGGCUGACGAAGACGAGGCGGAAGAGGAUUCAGGAGGGAAGGAAACGAAUGCCAUCGCGAAGGAAGCGAAACCUCAGCAGCCUUCGGCGGAGAGCAGCAAGGCGAAACAAAGUCCUCCUCGCGAGUCCUUCCCGGCGCUCCGCGCCUACCUGUCUCGCACGACGGCCUUCGAACGGGUUCUCCGGGAUGAAGGGAUGGAACACCUGCUCGAUGACCCACCAGAGCUUGGUCGUCUUUUGCGGCUGAUCAAGUCCUUGAUGAGCACUCUCGAGACAUAUGGUUUGAAAGAUGCCGAGAAGGAUCCGUCCCUGCUGGCUGAAAUCCUUUCUGCUUACAGAGCGCUGCAGUCCGCCUUCCGGGAAUACGACAUGGAGGAACUUUUCGAAGAUCCCGAGUAUGCCCUCAAGGCCUUCUUGCGCAACCAUCAUCGGAUUCGCGCUGAGUUCGACAAGUACGGCUUAGGCUACCUCUUCGACAGUGUGCCGUCAAUGCGAGAUUUCCUUGCAAAGUACAAGGACAUGGAGCAGGAACUCAAGGCCGUGAAGGAAGCGCGAGCUGGAGAAAGGUUGGCUCAACGCGACGCUGAUAUGGCCCGCCUCGAGAGCCGUCUCCUCAAGAAGGAAGAGGAGAUCGAAGAUCUGAGGGCUCGGCUCAAGGAGUUCGAACAGUUGGGCGACGUGAGCGUUGCACCUUGUCACUCUGCUGUCGUGGAUACCUACGAUUAG